GCCGGCCACCGCCUCUCCCCUCCCCUCGGCGGCUCGGCCCCUUCCAUGGCGCAACUCCCAACCCCCACCGCAGCCGCCGUCUGGGAGGUCGAGCUGGACCUCGACGACUCCGGCAUCCGCCUCGACGCUCCGUCCCCAUCGCCCAUCCCGCGCUCCUGCACCACCACACCCUCCCACGAGGACAAAACCCCGCACGCCGCCCGCCACCACCGCAUCCCCGAGCCCGCCUCCGCCGUCCAGGAUUCGAUGCGGCGCCGCCUCGCCGACGGCUCACCUCUCGCUCUCGGACGCGCGGGCGCGCGGGCCCCGGACGCCGACUUCCUGCUGCCCCCCUGGCUCUGCGCCCUCCAGCUCCUCGGGAAGGAACGCGCGUGGGCGCAGCCAGGGAUCAAGGAGAUCAGGCGUGAAGAGGAAUUGCGUCGAGCACCGCUGGUGGCCGGGGUGGUGACGUCGUGCAAGCCAAAUGGCCUGGGUGAUCUCCUGAUUAUGCUAAAGGACCCUACCGACACAAUUGCUGCUGCAGUACACAAAAAAGUUCUUUUGGAGGGUAAUAAUGGUCAGGAUAUUGCUGUUGGCUGUGUCAUUCUUCUCAGUAAGGUAGCUAUUUUCCGUCCAACUCGCAAAGCAUGCUACCUGAACGUUACCAAAGUGAUUAAGGUUUUCAGAAAGGAUUGUGAUGCCCCAUCUAAGCAAGUGAUUUCAGCAAAUACUACUGAAAGAAGUGAAGAUUCUACCAACAGUAUAAUGACAAGACUUUUAGGUCAUGAAAGGAUGAUGGCCAGUAACAAUGAGAUGACAGUUAUCGAGGUUUCUCUUCAACACCAGGGAAGAUCUGAUUCAAAUAAUAGCACCUCAGCACCAGAUAUUUAUGGUAGAUGUAGUACAGGAAAUAACCAGGAAGGUGGACUACAAAUGUUGGCAGGAGGUCCACGCAGAAAGAAUAUAUUAAACUGCAGUGCUGAUGGGCAUUCCCAGCAAAAUUUGAACAGUCGAAACAUGACAUCUCAGCCUAGUCUUUGUGGAAGCACUGUCAUGUUUGGAGACAGAUAUUCUACUCAGGCUAGUGAUAAUGAAAAUCUUAGGCGACCAUUCGAUAAUGAAAAGAUGCUCCAUAUUAGUAAAAAGCUGAAGAGUGAUGCAAUCCUUCCUGAUGGCAGUGGUGAAACUGCAAGCUCCAGAAUAGAUACUGGGAACAAUCAGGUUUCAAAGAGAAAUAUGAACACUGAGUUAGAUGGUAUGUCAGAACAGUUUAAUGGUCAGCGCGCCUCAAUCAGGGAGCCUAUUGAGCAGCAGCAAAGGAACUUCACUGCUGUGAAUGCAGGUGGUGUUCAGCCAACUAAAGAGUAUGCUCCUUCCAUCAGUGGUUUACUUCUCAACCCCAAAAAGGCACUGCCGGUUGCUUCUUUAGCAGAGUGGACAGAUGACCAGGUUUCUGAGCUAUUUGCUGACUACUAAUAUUGUAGUGUGUAUCUGAUCAGCAAGUUGAUAGAUUUUGGUAGUCAAUUUGUUGCUGCUAUAUUAAUGAUACGAGCUUGUAAGAAUUUCGCUAUUUCUGUACACUAGCGCUUAGCAUCUAGAUUUGUAUAUGGUUGCUGUCCAGUUCACUUUUUUGAAAUGUUUGUGCCAUGCCAUCUCAAGUUGUACAUAAAUCUUACAAGUGAGGGGAAGAAAAGACUUCUCGUA